ACCCCUCCCUCACCAAUCAACAAACAACUGAUGUCAUCGCUAGCGUCGAACUCCCUGGGGAAGUCGCUCGCCUCCUAAACGACAUGCGCGACGAGAACAAAUCCCUCUGGCGUGAAAUAUCCCGUUUAGGUGGACGCGUCCCUUCACAUAUUUCCCUCUCAAGCACAGGCCCGUCUUCUGCUCCUAAACUCCAUCUUGGAGGAGAUGAUGAGGAUGAAGAUGGGAGCGAUGAAGGGUUCUCUUUUAACGUCAUGGGGCCCGGCCUCGGAGGAGGAGGAGGAGGAGGAGGAGAAUCAUGGAUGAACUGGGCGAAUGCCGAAAUGCGCCGCGAACGAAGAAAAGUUGAGAAAUUGACUGGGAUCGUACGUGCGUUGUGUGAUAGUGUCGGGUCUGUCUCACCAACCCUACUCCAAGAACUAAACGCCUUAAACGCACCAAGCCCAAGCCCUUCCCCCGUCCCUCCAAGCCCAAUCAGCGGCGACCAUAGUCCAAACAUCUACAUCACAUCCCCCGCUUCUCCAAGUCCUUCGUCUCAUAGCCAUUCUUCCCACAACCCACACAACUACAGUAACCCCCACGCUCACCCUCACGGACACCCCCAUGCUCUUCACCAUCCCUCUCACCAUCACGGACACCCAACAGUUCCAAUGCUCAACAUCCCCCAAUACGCACUCCACUCUACGCCUUCACCCACAUCCAGCGAGUUCUCCCCCUUUGGGCGUCACGCCCACUCCCAUGGGAGACAGCCUAGUAUCACGCUCACUCCUGAUGCUGAUCGUGAGGGGAACGGGAGGGAGAAGAGGCAGAGGAGGAGUGGGGGUGGGAGUGGGAGCGUCGGCAGCGUCGGCGGCAGCGUAUCUAGUAUUGGGAGUGUAGGCGGAAUCGGGGGAAGUGUUGGGAGUAUUGGUGGGGAAGAAGACGCUGAAGGAGAGAUGAACCUUGGGAUAGACUUGGAUUUGGAUAUGGAUGUUGGAGCGGGGGGUGAGAAGAAGCAACAGCAGAGGGCGAGGAGCGAUUCUGCGCCUACGUGGGUUACGCCCCAGCAGGGCGCUGGUGCUGGUGUUGGCGCAAGUGGUGCCGCUGGUGGUGGGCUUACUGCGAAUUGGGGAAGGCCGAGAAGUGGGAGUGGGUUUGGUCGGUGACGCGCCAUCUCACCUUUGCGGCGACUGCCUCAUCGAUGGCGGUGAUUUCAUGCCUGGUGUUUGAAUCUUUGCUUUUGCUUUGCGCUUUUACUUUUUUACUUUUUACUUCACGCAUGCGUGGUUUCUUGUUGACUUUGAUUCUUUGUUUCCUUUUACUUUUCUUUGUUACUUUUUACGUUCUUUGUUUCAUUGUUCCUAUUUCCAUCUUUCAAAUCGUAUGUCUUUUGAUUCCUCGCUCUGCUCUGCUCUGUUAUACCAGACCUAUU